UGUACAUGCCGGUGCGGCACCGUCUUUUGCCCUCACCCUCCCGACAUCCCGCCCCCUCGCCCUACCCUAAUCCGAUCCGACCCAACGCGGCUCCAGUGCCGCCGCCGUGCCCUAACCUCUCCUCCGCGGCUCCCAACCCGUCGCCGCCCGGACCCCUCCGCCUUUCACGCGAGUCGCCGCCACUGCCGUUCCCGUUCAACCCCACCGCGUCGCCCUGCCGUCCCAACCCCGUCCGGCGAUUUCGGUCAUCGUUUCUGAGGUUUGUGCAUUCCAAGCCAGCCCUAGGACACCUCUUGUGACAGUAUGCCUAAGAUAAAGACAAGCCGUGUGGAAUACCCCGAAGGAUGGGUGCUUAUCGAGCCCACAAUCCGUGAGCUGGAUGCCAAAAUGAGAGAAGCUGAAAACGAUACACAUGACGGGAAGAGGAAGUGUGAAGCACUCUGGCCAAUUUUCCGCAUUUCUCAUCAAAGAAGCCGUUACAUAUAUGAUCUUUUCUAUAAAAGGAAGGAAAUAUCAAAGGAGCUGUAUGAGUUCUGCCUGGACCAGGGUUAUGCAGACCGUAAUCUGAUUGCAAAGUGGAAAAAGCCGGGUUACGAGCGCCUGUGCUGCCUUCGCUGCAUCCAGACCCGAGACCACAACUUUGCGACUACGUGUGUGUGCCGGGUCCCCAAGCACCUGAGGGAGGAGCAGGUGAUUGAAUGUGUCCACUGUGGCUGCAAGGGAUGUGCCAGCGGCGACUAACUGACUAGUUAUGUGCAUUCAUUAUGUGUCGUCGAAUCUAUGGUUCUAAAGUGAGCACUCUGGUUAUUUCUUAAUCGUGUUCUUUAGUAAAGAACAGUCGUCCUGUAAUGUAAGCACUUGGCAGAUAUCUGUUGCGGCUGUAGUCUGUACACAAUCGGUCAUCCAGUUUUUAUCCAUUGCUUCAUCAUUAUCAUCC